GGUGUUUCUACUGUUGAUGUUGAAAAUCAAGAUGAGGAUUUGGGACAAACUAAUGUCACAGAUACUAUUCCUAGUUUUUUUUCUCCUGAGAAAAAUAUAGUAAACUGUGAAUUGGCGUCAUCGGCAGGACAAGUUGACUCAAUGGUAGAUAAUGAUCCUGUAAGAUUUUCUAAUACCAUUACAAAAUUAAGUUUUGAACAGAAGAAGUAUAUUUUAUGUUUGGGUCCUUGUCAACCAACUACUCAGCAGAUGCCACUCCGACAAUUCCCAAGAACAAACACAGUUUCCGUGCUCAAUGGUACACUAAAACUUUGCCUGAUGGGUCAAUGGGAUUCCGUAAAUGGUUAUCGUAUUCAAUAUCAGCUGAUAAAAUAUUUUGCAUUUAUUGUAUGUUGUUUGGUAAAUCUCCUAAGAAGGCAUGGACUAUUGAUGGUACUUCUCGUUGGAAAGAUGGUAACCAUUUAUUAACUUCCCAUGAAACUUCAACUAUACACAUAGCCGCCUCAAUUGAUGCUACUAUACAUGAACAUUGUUCACCAUUAUUACCAGCGUUAGAAGAAAAAAAGAAAAUGGAGGUUCAAACCAACAGAGUAGUUGUAAAACAACUAAUAGAUAUUUCGCUAUUUUUAGCUAAACAUGGACUUGCAUUUAGAGGUCAUAAAGAAAAGUGGACGGAUUCUAUUCGUGGAAACUUUAAAGAUAUGGUUAUUUUAUUAGCUGAAUAUUCACCUGUAUUAUCGUCUUACAUUACUUGUUUAAAAAAGAAGGGGAAAUCUGUUACAUCUUUAAUAUCCUGGCAACGACAAAACCAGUUAAUCGAUGCUAUUUCAAAUUCAAUUUUCAAUUCAAUCACACAAAAAGUUGAAACUGCUUGUGUUUUCAGCAUAUCUAUUGAUACAACAUUUGACAUCUCAAGACAAGAACAAGUUUCUUUCAUAGUGCGUUUUGUUGAUGAAAGUAAUGGUAUGAUAUAUGAACGUUUACUCGCAAUGUGUUCUACUGCCUCUACUAAAAGUGAAACACUAUUCAAUAUUUUCCUUAAUGUUUUCAAUAAAACCAAUCUUAAUUGGAAAAAAAACCUAAUAGGUCAAUCAUAUGACGGUGCCGCCAAUAUGAGGGGUGAGUACAAUAGUUUACAGGCAAAAGUAAAAAGUGAAAAUCCUCAUGCAGUUUAUAUUUGGUGUUGGGCUCACCGUUUAAAUUUGGUUGUUGAACAAGGUGUUGCAAGUUGCCUUGAAGCAGUUGAUUUUUUUGGAAUUUUAGGAAGAGUUUUUGACUUUGUAUGUAGCAGUAAAAACCGUGUAUUCCUUUUUGAACAAAAUCAAAAAAUCCGAAACCCUAACUUGCCGGUUCGUCGUUUGAAACGUGUAACUACUACUAGGUGGAGUAGCCAUUCUACAGCUCUUAAUACAGUUUUACUGACUUGGGCAUCGUUAGUUGAUACACUGGAAGAUCUUUGGAAAUCAGAAGCUUCAUCAGAUGCAUCGUCAUUUCUUUUAUAUUUUCAAUCUGAAAGAUUUCUUUAUACAUGUUUUUUAUUUAAAAAAAUAUUUUCUGUACUAGAUCUAUUAAGCAAAACAUUUCAAGCGAUUGAUAUAGAUCUUAUCACUGCAUCAUCAAUGAUAACAUCAAAAAGAGGUCAAUUAUUAAAUAUUCGCAAUGAAUUUAAUUCAAUUGUCAUCGAAGUGAAGCAAUUUAUUCAAAAUCAUCUGGAUGAAAAUUUUACUCCUUUACCACAAAAACGGUCAAGAAAAAGAAAAAUAAUGCCCGGGGAGAAAGCAACCGAUGAACCAACAUCUGACCCUCUGACUAAUUUUAAAUAUCACACUUUUUACACGGUGCUUGAUAUCAUAUGCAGUCAGAUUGAUCAGAAAUUUAACCAUGACACUAUAUCUAUUUUUAAAGAUUUAUCCCUUAUUACAAAAAAAAGAAUUUUAGAAAUAAAAAUGGAUACUAACAAAAUACCUUGUGAUGCAUUUGAAGGCAUAGCGUCGAUAUAUUCAACAUUUUUAAAUGCAGAAGCAUUAAAUACAGAAUAUUUAUGGCUUAUUGAUUGUUUUUCAAAUUUAGAAAAAACAAUAAAUUUAACUAAAUAUCUUCAUAAGGAUGAGGAUAAUGAAUCAACCAAUUCUUCAGAUUUUGAAUCGCACAUUUCCGAGUCUGAUGAAGAAUUAAUUUCUCAAUGUCCCAUCGAAGAAUGUACAAACAGCAGUUCCCUUAUAUAUAUGUUUAAAUUAUUUUGCAGCUCAAAUAUAAGGUUUACACUGCCUAAUAUUUAUAUGUUAUUAAAAAUCGCUGUGACGCUACCUGUGUCCAGUGCUUCUACUGAACGUAGUUUCUCGAAGCUUAAAAUUAUAAAAACAAGAUUGCGGUCUACAAUGGCUGAGUCGAGAUUGGAGGGACUUAUGCGCAUUGCAUGCGAACAGGAUGUUCCAAUUAAUACAGACAAUGUGAUUAAUAAUUUUGCUAAAAACAGUAAUAAACUGUUAAAAAUAUUAACUUAAUUUAUUUAUAUAUAUUUUAUUUAUAAUCAUUUUUGUAUUACAUAUAAUUUUUAUUUUUACUAUUUUGAGAAAUACAUAGGUAUUUAUUAAAUAUUUACUUAAAAAUUACUGGAGCAUACCAAAAUACAAUAACAACUUAGUACUUCAUAUUUAAUAUUAUACAUAGCAGCAGUUAGUUGUUUAAUUUUUUUAUUGUAGUUAAGUAUUUGUCAGUUAUCCUACCACCUACGACGUAGGUAAGAUAUUAAUUUCUGAACUAUGUUUUUUAUAUUUUUAUGUACAGUAUAGUAUAAAAAAAAAAUGUUUCUUAUACCUAAAAUAAAAUAUAUUGUAUAAUUAAAUUAUUAUGCCUGUACUGUCGAGCGUAGUGAGAAAUUUUUUUUGGGUGGGUGGGUAUAAAAUAGGUUUUUGGUUUUACCCCAGAUGUUUAUAAAUGGAUCGGCGCCACUGGGUACAGAUGAAAUAAGUCAUGUGUCUGGUACCGAGAUAUCUAUGGAGUUGAGUGAUUGUUCUGUUGAAAAUUUAAACAAAAAAAGAAAAAGUAUAAAAGGGGCUGCAAGGGAAUAAAAAGAUUUUAUAAAACAUAAAAAAAAUUCUGGAAUUGAGUAAGUGACAAAUAAAGGAAAGGUUGUUCCAGGUCGAAAGUGUAUACCUUUGUCCAAAUGUAGAGCUGAUUGCAAAAACAAAAUUGAUCUUGAGUUACAGAAGAAGUUGUUUACAAAUUACUGGUCAAUGAAAAACUAUAAUAAAAGAAUGUCAUACAUUUCUGGAUUAACUACUAGUAGCAACAAAAAACACAAUCCAAAAAAGAGUACACACCAGAAAAACAAAAAAACAGAGUAAAGGUAUAUCACUAUUCUAUACCAAAAGAUGGUAUACUUAUUUAAUUAUUGUUUCCUCAAAAUAUUUGGUGAAACGGCUAAGUUUACAAGAACUAUUUGUUCAAAAAAAGUUAAUUCUCCUGUAAGUCGGUGUAUACCUGAUAAAAAUGGAAGGACAGAAUCUAGCAAUAAAAUAUCUCCUGAAGCUCUUAAAUGUGUUAUUGACCAUAUCAAUCAACUUCCAGCUUAUGAGAGUCAUUAUUGUCGCCAAGAAACUACCAAGAAAUAUUUUACCUUCAUAUUUCACAUUAGAACUUGCCUAUAAUGAAUAUCUUAAAACAGUGGAACACCCAGUAAGUCGCACAAUAUAUGUCAAAUAUUUUAAGUUGUCAGGCCUAAAAGUCAAAAAUCCCAAAAAGGAUACCUGUUCUUUAUGUGACAGGUUAAAAAUCCAAAUCAGUAAUACGAAUUGCUCUAAUGAACAAAAAUCAUAUUAACUAAUAAACAAACACUACAUCACACUAAAGCUGAAGAAGCUUUUAAUUCAAAAAGAAUUGAUAUUUCUACAUUUACAGAUUAUUCAUGUGUUUAACUUUUGACCUUCAACAAUGUCCUCCUACUCCAUCCUUAGAAUCGUCAGUUGCAUUUUAUAAAAGACAAUUAUGGAUUUAUACUAACUGGAUAAUACUUUUACAUCAAGAGCUGUAUGUUAUAUUUGGAAUGAAACAAUAGCCAAACGAGAGGCAAAUGAUGUUGGUUCGUUAUUAUUUCAUUAUUUAAAAAGUUUGCCAUCGGAUAUUUCUCAUGUCACAAUGUAUAGUGAUUGUUGUCCGGGACAAAACAAGAAUAGCAUAAUUAUAGCCGUGUGUAUUUAUUUUUUGGAGCGUCAAGACCAUAUCAAAACCAUUGAUCACAAGUUAAUGGUGCCUGGGCAUACAAGGAUGGAAUGCGAUUCUGAUCACGCCUGCAUUGAGAAAGCUCGUAAACGUUAUCCAUUCCCAAUAAACCAUCCUCAUUAUAGGGUAAAAUUAAUAAGCUGGGCUGGAAAAGAUAAAUUUACAGUUGUUGAAAUGAAACAAAAUGAUUACUUUGAUUUUAAUAGCCUGUUGAAAAAUAAAUAUCAAAUAAAAAAAAAAAAAUGAAAUUGGUAAUGCAUUUGUUUUUUGUGAUGUAAAAUGGCUCAGGUACACAAAACAAAACAACACUAUGGUACAAUACAAAACUUCAUUAAAAAUAGAUGAUAAUUUUAAUUACUUAAAUAUGGCUCGUAGAAAAACUAAAAAUUCUUUAUUACCUCAAGCAUAUAGUACAACACUUUAAAUAUCUGACGAGAAAAAAAAGGAUCUAUUUUCUCUAUUAAAUUUAAUACCAGAUGUAUAUCAGCAUUAUUACAGAAGUUUAAAAUCAAAAACCAAUGUCCAGGAUCCGAUUAUAUCAUCAGAAGAUGAAAGUUCCUAAAGCCUAUAUAUAUUACCUUAACAAUUAUAAUUUAUAUUAUAAAAUGUUAAAACUAUAAUAUUUUACUAUUUUUUUUUUAUUUAUGAAACGUUUUUAGAAAAUGAAAAUGUUUAUCAAAAAAUUGUCUUUUUAUAUUUUUAUAUAAGUAUGAUGUUACUUAACAGAGUUUGUUAUUGUUUUAUUUAUAUAUAAACUAUGAAACAUUGUUAUCUCUUUAUUUUUAACUAUUAAACAGGAAGAAUAAAAUAUAAUGUCAAAAAGUUAUACUUACCUAUUUAAUAUCAUUAUUUAUAGAUAACAAUUAGAUGUUUGUUAGAUAAUUGAACAUUUAGAAAUAACAAUACUAAUUUUUAAAUUUUUAAAUCUAAAACUAUGAGUAGUAAGUAAUAUGGCACAUAGGUACCUAUUACCUAUCUUUCAAUCUUUGUAUAUUGUGCAAAAGGACACUACUCGUAAAAGUGGUUAUAAGAUAUUCGUGCACAUGGGCAUAAGUCAAUUAUAAUAAUGAUUCAAAUUACUUAGGGUAUGGAAUGCUCAAUUAUUCCAAUUUUAGAUGUUUAAAUUACCUAUUUGUAAAAAAAUCUUAAUUUUUAAUUUUUAAUAACCUAAAAACGUUUAAUACGUCUCCUGUAAAAUCGUGUUUUUUGACUUGAGCCCUUUUUCCCAAACACCGUCUUAUUGUAUUAUUAUUUUUUUCAAUAAAACCCACAUAAUUGUUAAAUUGUUAGAUUCAUUGCUCUGUUAAGAAUCUAUAAUUUAAUUUAAAAUUUGAUUGGUUUUAAAGUUUAAUUUAAAAAAGUGAAAAAGCCGUUUUCAAGUAAACUUUAUGACAAAUUCAAAUAUGUUUUCAUACGUUUUAUCUAAUUAAUGGUCUAGUUAGUACAAUUGGCAUACUAUACGUGAGGCACAAAAUAGGACUCAUAUUAAUCAUUUAUCAGGACUCUUCAUACAUAAAAUAAAAGUAUACCUAUUAUCAAUAUAAUAUACACUACGUAUAGACUGAUAUAAAUAUAAUUUUCAACAUUUCAAUGUCAAAAAUCGAAUACUUAAAAACAUCCACCGAAUUUUAUUUCUUUUGUACAUCCCUGAAUAACGUGAGCUAAAAUAUUUAAUUAAAUCUUAUGUCUGAAAGACUAAUAUAAAUACAUUAUACAUGGAGACAAUUUCAAGCCAAUGGUUAUUAGCUAUUCAUUUUUGAAUUACAACAAAACAAUAUUUACUUUGAUUAAUAAUGAAAAAUAUGCUGGAAGAUUUUUACUGUUGGGCCUAAACUAGAUUUAAUUUACUACCAAAAAUCCACAUGGGAGUUGAAGAUUAAAGAAUUUUUGCUGUUAUAAAAAGUAAUAUCGAAGAAAAAAUGCUUUUAUAGAAACACACAUUAUUUUGAAAACACUAGGUAUAAUCGAUUCACUCAAAAUUGUUUUGUAAUAAUUGUAUAGGUAUCUGUUUUUAUUACUAUUUUUUCCAUUUUUCUGGUUU